AUGACGCUUGAAGCAUCACAACGAGUUUGGGUUAUCGAUGAACAUUUGGCCCAGCUAAUUCGGAUAGAAGGUCCUUCAUUACCUCCUGAGAUUGAGAAAGCAAAAAAUAAGAAAGCAAUUGAGCGAUCCCUAAGACCAUUUAUUUCUGGAAAACUCGUAAGAUAUAUAGAUCAAGAUAAGAAAAAAGGUUGUAAAUUUAACUUAUCUGUUGAUUAUAUUCUUGUAUUAAAAGAUUCGCAAAAAAAUAAUUGUGAAUUAUGCCUCAAUGAAAU